AUGACUGAUUCUUUCCUGGAUAAACUACCAGCAGGUUUGAAAUCCAAGGUUAGUACAAUUAUUAGAGCCCUUCCUAGUUCCAAAAGUGUUUUCCAAGAACUAUAUGAGUUUGCAUUAAACGAAAAUGAUGAUUCCAAAAGAAAGAUGAGUAAGAACUCACCUUCUGAUAUAUGUGCUUCUUUAGAGCCAGUACAUGAAGAGUUUACUAUUUUUAAGAUUGAAGAUGUGACGAUUCUAUCACCCAUACGAAAGAAGCUGAAUUUGGUCUUACAUAUUUCCCCUACAACUAAAAAACCAUUAUUAUCAUUAACUAAUAAAGAUGGAGGUCAAGAACUUACUAUUGAGGAUUUGAAUAAGAACAUUUCAAUGGCUACGUUUUUACCAGUACCUGAAAAGAAAAAUAUUUUCUAUAUGUUCAUUAAUUAUAAGGAAUCGGUUGGUUCAAAAUACACUGAGCCUGUAUUAAUUACCAUUAAUAAGACAAAUAUUUUAGAGCAAUUCAAAAAAGUUGGCCUGAUAGAUUUGGAAAUACAGGAUUUCACAAAAUGUAUUGAAUAUAUAAGAAAACAAGCUAUUCUAACAGGAUUCAGAAUGUCGGAUCCAUUUUUCUCAGUACGUCAAGAUUCUGAUUCAGUCCCUUCAUUUCAUGUUGAAGGUCAUAGAGGUACAAAGGAAGGGACUUUGUAUUUUCUGCCAGAUCAUAUCAUUUUUGGAUUUAAGAAACCAAUCUUAUUGUUCCAAUCUAUAGAUAUCGAAUCUAUUACAUACUCCUCGAUUACUAGAUUAACAUUUAAUGUUACUUUGAUAACUAAAAAUGAUGAAAAAUUUGAAUUUUCUAUGAUAGAUCAAACUGAAUAUUCAAAGAUUGAUGAAUACGUUAAAAUGAGACAAGUUAAAGAUAGAUCCAUGAGUGAAGAACUUAAAGCAAAAACUGCAAAUAAAAAUCAACAAUCACAAAAUGAAGAUGACGAACAGAUCUCUGCUUUGGAAGCUGCUGCACAACAAAUGGAGAAAAAUAUGAAUAUAAAUGAUAUACCUGUAGAUUCAGAUGAUGAAGAAGACGAUGGUAACUUUGAAGCAGAAAGUGAUCUUUCUGACGGUAGUGAUGUAGAAGCUGAAGACGACUACGCUGAAGAUGACGAGGAUGACGAGGAUGAAGAAGAUGAAGAAGAUAAAGAAGAUGAAGAAAAUGAUAGAUUUGAGCACAAUGAAGAUCAAUAUGAGGAAAAGGAGGCAAGUUUGUUGGAUAUUGAACAUGGUGAUAGCGUAAAUUAUGAUGAUCCAGGCCAAGAUGGUUUUUCUGUCGAUUUAGGGAUUGACGACGUCCCAAUAGAGUUGGAUGAGGAUGACGAGGAAGGGUCUGGUGUAGAAUAUGAUUAA